AUGGCAACAAAAGACUGGUUGUUAGAACAGGAACGGGAGGAGGAGGAAGAAGAUGAGGCACAUGCAUCUGGUCUAGAGGUUCAGGAAGACUUCCUGAGAGAAAACAACCCUGAUCCAAAUCAGAGAUUCAAGACCUAUCCCCAGGGGAACCUGAGUGGCAAGAGAAAGAAAUUAUUGAACUUAGAUUACCUGAAAAAGGACAAAAAUGUGAAACUUGGACCUUCACUCAGGACUACGUCUAACAGACACCCCAACCGAGAUGAGAUUUUCCCUUCCACCUUGUCUGCCAUUGCUGGAAGGAAUGUCCUAUUUUCACCAGAAUGGAAGCAAAGCCAGGACCACCCAAGAUGGGGCACCACCCAUGGGGCUCCCUUGGAGUCCCACCAGAGGGAACAAGGCGGGGGCUUCCCCAAUUUGGGGAACACCUGCUACAUGAAUGCCAUCCUGCAAUCUCUGUUCGCAAUCCCAUCAUUUGCUGAGGACUUACUCACACAAGACUCCUGGAUGAAAAUUCCCUUGGAUGCUCUGAUUAGGCCCUUGAGCCAGCUGCUUCUCUGGAAAGAUCUUUCCGAGGUAGAGACCAAGGCAAAGUUACUUCUGAGUAUUAAAAAGGCCAUUUCGGCCACUUCCGAGAUCUUCUCCAGCAACCUGCAGAAUGACGCUCAUGAAUUUUUAGGCCAAUGUUUAGAGCAGCUGAAGAAAGACAGUGAGGACAUGAACAGGAUUUGGAGCACAGAGAGGGAAAUGGAGCGCAAAGACUCACCUGCGCUGAGGCACGCGGGGGAUGCUGCCAUCCCAGCUUCCUUUUGUCCCGUGGCUGCGAAUUUUGAAUUGGAACUGCAGGUUUCCAUCACUUGCAAGGCCUGUGGUCAGAUGACGCUCAUGACAGAACGGAGUGAUUAUCUCUCCAUCAACCUAUGCCAGGAAGACACCCCUCUUCCUCCAUCUGUCCAGAGCUUGCUGGAUCUUUUCUUCAAGACCGAAGACGUGGAGCGCGUGUGUAAGGAGUGUGAGCACCCAUGUGCUGUGCUGCGGUACAGGAUUAGUCAGCUCCCCAGAGUCCUCAUUGUUCACCUGAAACGCUACAGCCUGGAUGACUGCUGGCAGCCAGUGAAGGACAGUCAAGGCAUUCGGAUUCCCAGGUAUUUACACUUAUCUCCUCACUGCACUGACAACCCUCGGCUGCCACAGGCCUUACGCAGACGGACUCCUGUGGGGGAGGACCAAGUCCCGGAAGUCCUUCAAGACUGGACUUGGGAGACCCCCAGCUGGCCCACAAGGUUGGCACCUAGCGGUCCCCUCGCUGUGCCUGUGGGACCUGAGGAGGAAGCUGAACAACAGCCAUUCUGGACAACGGGUUUCAGAGGAGGAACAAGGCACCAGCAGGCACAGAGAGGCAUUGGGGAUGGUGAUGCACUGGAGCCACAGCUGCGAGACUCCAGAUCCAGGGUGCUAGAGGGAGAGCAGCUGCCGGCCCCCACCUCUACGGUAGACCAGGACGAGGUCUCGCCCUGUGUGAUCUGUGAAGAUGAAAGUGGGCCAGUUAGCAUCCCACACCCACAUCCCGGACAUAUGCAGCCUCUACCGGUGCCUGAAAACCCAGAACUUAAGAAUUGUGAGGAAACCAUCCUGCUUAGGGAGUUAGAUCUUGAUAGCAUCGCUGAGUUAUUGGAAGGGUCUUAUGACCAUAAGGAAAAGGAGAGUCUGGAAGAAGGUCAGAGAACAGCUGGCCAGUUCCACCAGGACGAUCAGGAGAGAAUGAAUGAAGCACUGCUUCAGUGGGUGCUGGCUUGCCGGGGGGAGAGCCUGGAGACCGCAGACAAAGACCUGAGUGAGUUUUCAGAAUUGAGACUACACAAGACUGACCUGGCUUCUGACAAGAAUCCUGAAAAGAAAGACAUUUCAGAAAGUGAGGAGAGCUCUGAGAGGGAGGCCGAGGGCCCCAACUCCUUGCAGACAGAAGCUCCUCUCCCAGCUUACCGUCUCAUCAGCGCCGUCAGCCACCUGGGGGGCUCCCAGAACUCAGGCCACUACAUCAGCGACGUCUACAACUUCAAGAGUCAGGCGUGGUUCACUUUCAGUGACCUGCAGGUGUCCAGAGUUCCCGAGGCCAUAGUUCGGGAGGAGAGGCUGCAUUGCGGGUACAUCUUUUUUUACAUGCACAACGAGAUAUUUGGAGCCCUGUUGGGAAGACAGCAGACCACAGCUGGCCACCCCUCUGGGGACUCCGAGGAAGGUGGGUUUUCACGGACAGCCCGAGCUCCCGCCUUCCAGAUGAAGAAAACAGCAGCUCAGGGUGAAAAGGCUCAAUGA